UGCUGGAUCAAACCACUGCUCCGUGUGACAUUGAGGUAUUAACGAUGAGGGUUGUUCUCGUACUAAUGAUGGUACCUGGUUUUUUGUGCAAUACCAUGUUCACCAAGAUUGAGUCCUGCUUAGAUCCUCCUCAAGCACCAGACACCUACUUCACAGCCAAGGGUCUCAGUUCCAUCGAGUGCGGAGUUCUGUGUGGCCAGGACGACAGGUGUAGGGCCUUCAGCGUCCGAGAGGGAAACGGUAGCACAUGCUACCUCAGCACAGAAAGGAUAAGGUUGGAUUAUGGCUGUUCCAGUCAGUUCAAGCAUUUCAAUGAAUUUGAUUCAAGGUGCCACUUCCACGGCAUCUUCAUAAACUCUACUUACGGCUGCAGAUGCUAUGACGGUUACAUUGGUAGCUGGUGUGCAAGGCUCAUGCAAGAUUGCACCGAAGGAUGGAAAACUGACCACUACAAAGGCACGAAAGAAGCAUAUUACAUUCAACCUUUCAACUCUCCCGUUCACUUCAAGGUAUUUUGUAAAAUGUCUCAUGGUGGCAAAACAUUCCUGAUGAAUCAAAGGUUUGAAUUUCCGUCCGUUAACUUCUCGAGACCGUGGGCAGAGUACAAACAUGGCUUUGGAGAUUAUCGGAGAAAUGGUAACCACUGGACAGGGCUCAACAUGUUGCAUUAUGUUACAACAAACCGGCCUCAUCAAUUUGUUGUUAUGGUAGACUUCAAAGAAGCGGGAGAGAUACAUUGGAGACAACUUUUCUACAAGAAUUUCACGGUGACAAGUGAAGUAGACGGAUAUCGUUUUGACUUUCUCUCUUCUGCACCUAACGUGUUUGGCGGAAAAAAUCAUAAACUGGAAGAUGGACUGUCGGCAUUUCAAGGAGCAAGAUUCUCCACCUACGACACUGACAACGACCUCAGUGGUGACAACUGCGCGGACAUCCACCAGUCAGGGUGGUGGUUCACGACAUGUGGAGGCUACAAUCCGACUGGGCAACCACAGUCUCCAGCAGUCCAGAACAAGACGUCUGACCCCACACACAUGUCAUGGCCUCACCAUCUAGGUUACAGCGCCAUAUAUAUCCAACUCUACGUUCAGGCAACUUAGUUGCAACCUUAUUGCCUGAACAGGCAAGUCGCAGAGUCUAACCGCUCGAUCCAUUAGUUGUAAAGCUGAGUUACAUGGAACCAAUUCUAUCCCGACUCCACAGAAUAACCAAGCUUAGACGUCAGCUACACGUUUUCUUAUUUCUGACAGCUUCAUACAACUGUGAAAUUACCAUGCCACACUCUUAAAUCAUCAGGACUCAAAAGCCAUAGAAGUUUAUGUUGUAGCAAGUUAUCCGUUGAGAACAGAAACUUUAUGUGAGAAAUCUUUGUUUUUUGUUUUUUUUGUUUAACGCCGCACUCAGCAAUAUUCCAGCUUUAUGGCGGUAAAUAAUCGAGUCUGGACCACAUAAUCCAGUGAUUGACAUGAGCAUCGAUCCACGCAAUCGGGAUACGAUGACAUGCAAACGUGUUGUCGUAUAUUUAUGGACACCCAUCUCGCCAUUGCAAGCAAUACGUUUUAUGCGUUAAAACUGCAGAACAUUUAAGUUCAACACAUAAGUGCUACAGUAGACUACAUCGAGUAUAAGUGGAUUGUGGUGUUUGCAUUAUUUGAUUCAGAUAUGUUAAGGCGUUGCUUAAACAUAUUAUGAUUAAACAUGAUCAACUUCAGAAUGACAUAUGUAUCAAGAUAUUUUUGUCAAUAUUUCAGAUAAUGUUUGCCUUCACAUGUUUAUUGUAUGCAAUAAAACUGUUUGCAAAAAGAACUGUUUUUUUUCCAUAUUAUCAUAUAAUUUAUUUAAUCUACUUGCAUAUGCUCAUGUUUUGAGU